AUGAAGUCUGCUCUGCUCCUCUCAGCCAUCAUUCCCAGUGCGCUGGGAACCACGAUCUACCUCGCUGGUGACUCGACUAUGGCAACAGGUGGAACCGGAUCUGGCACUGCAGGAUGGGGUCAAUAUGUCUCCCCCUACACAACAGUCACCGUAUCCAACCAAGCUGUCGCUGGCCGCAGUGCCCGAUCCUAUACUCGAGAGGGCAGAUUCGACACCAUUGCAAGCCAAGUCCAAUCAGGAGAUUGGGUGAUUAUCGAAUUCGGCCACAACGACGGCGGCUCUCUCUCCACAACCGACAACGGCCGCACUGACUGCUCUGGCACCGGCGACGAAACCUGCAGCACUACCUACGACGGCGUCGCCGAAACCGUCCUGACCUUCCCCAAAUACCUGGAGAACGCAGCAGCCAAGUUCAAAGCCAAGGGUGCUAACGUGCUCAUCUCGAGUCAGACCCCCAACAACCCGUGGGAGACGGGCACUUUCACCUACACCCCCUCGCGAUUUGUGGCGUAUGCCAAAUUGGCCGCCGAAGCAGCAGGUGCAUCAUAUGUGGACCACGGAGCGUAUGUGGCCGAUAUCUUUGAGUCUCUGGGCCUUAGCACCGUCGACUCGUACUUCCCUCUCGACCACACUCACACAAGUGCCACGGGGGCACAGGUCGUUGCUGAGGCAUUCUUCAAAGCGGUGGUUUGCGGAAACGUUAGUCUCAAGAGCCUUUUGAACACCUCGAGUUUCCCGGGCGACUGUCUGUAA